AUUUGUUUUCUACAAUGCAAGAGCUAUCAAAUGUUGUCAAUGACGCUAUGUCUUGCUUUCAAGACACACUAAAUAUUGAACACACGUUGAGUUUCUUUUUAAUGAAAGACUUGUGAGAACUGGCUGAUUAUGGUUCAAAAGCAUGGCAUCAGGACGUGGAAAGACCCAAAAUUAUGCUUAUGGGAGGCAAAGAGCUGCCCGUGGUGUCAUCAGUGACAGAGAAAUCCGGUUCAAAUGCUUCUCCCAGAACACAAUUUUUGAUGUUUUGAGGUCACGACCAGGUUGGCAAGAAGUGCAAGGAGACAAUGAGUGGGAUUUUUACUGGUGUGAUCGUGAAUGGCUACAUGCCAACUACGACACAAUGUUCCUACAGGAGCAUCAGAAGAUUUUACAUUUCAGGAAUCAUUAUGAGCUCACAAGAAAAAACUUGAUGGUAAAAAACCUGAAGCGUCUCCGCAAGCAAACUGAAAGGGAACUAGGGAAAGUCGAGGCACAAGCAUUUGACUUUUUCCCCUCCACAUUCGAGUUACCAUCGGAGUACCAUAUCUUUGUGGAGGAAUUCAAACGCAACCCUGGAAUGAUAUGGAUUAUGAAGCCAGCUGCCAAAUCUCAAGGGAGAGGAAUUUUUCUCUUCCGCAAAUUAAAGGAUAUCACAGACUGGAAGAAAGGAGAAUAUCAGCCUUUGGGAGAUCCCAAUGCUCCUAAAGAUAUACCAGAAACAUAUGUUGUUCAGCGUUACAUUGAGAACCCAUACCUCAUUGGGGGGAGGAAAUUUGACAUCAGGAUAUAUGUGCUUGUUGUAUCAUACAAUCCUUUGAAGGUGUGGCUGUAUAGAGGAGGAUUUGCCAGAUUCUCAAAUACCAGAUUUUCCAUGGAUUCCAUUGAAGAUACAUACAUACAUCUCACUAAUGUGGCGGUUCAGAAAACGUCUCCUGAUUAUGAUCCAGAAAAGGGCUGCAAAUGGUCUGCACAACAACUUAGGAAGUACUUGGUGGCUAAGCAUGGCACAGCAGCGGUGAAAGUGCUGAAUUCAGCAAUUGAUAACAUUAUCAUCAAGAGUCUACAGAGUGUUCAGAAGAUCAUCAUCAAUGACAAACACUGUUUUGAAAUGUAUGGUUAUGAUGUCCUUCUUGAUGACGCCCUCAAACCAUGGCUCAUUGAGAUCAAUGCCUCACCAUCUCUGACUGCCAGCGGGAAGGAGGAUUACCAACUCAAAUGUGGACUGCUCAAUGAUGUUUUGAAUGUUUUAGACCUUGAAAACAGACUGAGCGGCAAGGAAAAACGUGUGGGUGGAUGGGAUUUGUUGUGGGACGAUGGGCCUGUAUUCAUAGAGGAGAUGACACAGGAGACUGGACUGGCCACUUAUAUGAGUGUCAACUCAUUCUUAGGUUGUGAGAACACCCGCAAGGAGCAGCUACGAGAGAUGUACACCUUGGCACAAGCAGUAAAGAAAUGAUGGUUGAGGAGCACCAGUUGUGUCAAUCCAUUUCAAGACAUUAGGAAAAAAAAACUCAACAUGAAAUCUUCAGCAUUUGUGAAACUGAUUCAUUAAAGUUAAAGACCAGUCAUGGUGUUGUAGUUGUACAUCUAAAGUGAAACGCAAUAUUGGAAUAGGAAGUGUUUAUCGAAGAACAAAUACAUGUUAUUCAAAACUUUAAAAGGAUCUUAGCCAUCCUCACCUAAAGGUCCGUUUAGGAAUGUGCAAGCGAUACUUUCUUGAUUAAUUCAAGGCCGCACUUGUUAUUAAAAAUGCCCCUCUUUUUUAAAGACAAAAGUUUGUAUUUCAUAAACCUUCUGUUAAGAGGGUUAAUUACGAUGGAAUCUAUGCUUAUCAAAAGUAUUGAAAAUGAAAAACAGUUUUACAUAUGUACCGUACAGUGAAACUCAUAUUCAAUUGACUCAAAUCAAACAAAAACUCAGACUUAACAAAAGGAAUUGGGUUCCCUGUUUUUUUCAAUUCAUGAAAUUCAAUAAAAAUAACUCGGAUUCAACGAACACAUAAAUGAGCAAGCUCGGAUUCAACUAAGUCACUUGCAGGGCUACCUCCGCGGAUGUGGCUUCUCUCACUUUUCUCCCGCAACGAACCUUAUCUAUGGCAUCUGCAUGGUGAACCAUUAUUCACUUAGCUUAUUGUUCAUACCUUAUGCGAUCAAUCAGUCUUCUUCCAUACCAACACAUGCGUUGUUAUCACAUACGCACAUGUCUUACUGUGUGUCAGGGUCGGAUGGGCAGCCAGCACACAUUUGACUGUGUGUGCAUGUGUCUGGCAGGAGGGGACACAAGCUGUCCAGGCAUGGAACAUCAGUAGAGAUCUAUUAAUGCGUCACAGUUAUUUUUUGCCCUGGCUACUGAACAAUUUUACAAUGAUAAGCUAGUCUUGACAUAGAUCUAUGUAAUGAAUUACAUAUUAGAAUGUGGAAUCAAACAUUGACGUAUGGCUAGGUUUUACUCAGCAACAUAACUUGUUGGGCAAACAUUACAUUAUAGAUGAUAGAUGACACAGGAGUACAAUAGAGGAAUCAACCGUUUUACAGUGUGUGCUUGGUAGAGUUCAAUGUAUUUUCCUGGAAUUUUUCAGUAUUUUUUCGGCAUAGCAUCAAAGAAAAGAUUGUGCCUCUCGUUUGAAACAAAACUACUUUUGAUUGAGAAAGUCGAAUACAUUAUUCAUUACUGCUAGAUGCCUGUAUUUAUUUACACAAAAACCUCAUGUUUGCUGUAAAGAGUAACGACUUCAUUGAAUCAGAGUUCCACUGUAUAUCAGAUUGUGUAAGAUUUUUUAUUAAAGCUGAAUUAGGACCAUUUCAUUCAAUAAUGUUAAUGCUCCUAGAGUGUAUUCAAGUAGUACAUCCUUACAAUACUCAUGAGGUAGACAUCCCUCUACCUUUAAUGAAAAUUACUCUGAACAAAAACUUUGCAAGUUCUUUGACUUGGGUGUUUUAAAUUGAUUGCUCUCAUUGUUACAGUCUUGAUAUGGGCCUAUAUUUUUUGGGUGCAUUGAUGUAUAUGUACCACAUGCAGUAUUAUCGUUGAGGUGUCAAGGUUUAUAAAAUAAAAGCAACAAUGUAAUCUUACUCCUUAGACCGCAGCAUGUUAAUGUCAUAAUAAUAAUAAUAAUAAUAAUAAUAAUAAUAAUAAUAAUAAUAUAUUUAUAAAGCACAUAUAAUGUAUAUCUCUCUACUCAAAAGAAGGCUCUAGACCCACUUUAUUAUUAUUCUGAUAGAUACAUAACUUUCUAAACUUCUUAAGAAGCAUUCAGAACAAGGUGCCAUUUUUACAGGCACUUUACCAACAUACUAUCAAGAUCUUUUACCAAUAAAGCCAGGUACCCUUUCCCACCUAUGUGGCGUUAUUAAAAUAAAAAUAAGAGUAAAUUGUCUUUACCAAGGAUACAAUGUUGGAGUGAACAGGGAGGCAGAUGGUUUGCCAGUCAGGCAGAUAAACACUAGGCUUCUUAUGCCACACAUGCUCAGUUGUUCAUCCACUAUUUAGCAAUUAAAGGAUAAGGCAUAUGAAAUAUAUAUGCCUUCUGGUUGUUCAAGAUACACAUUACCCCGGUAGUACAUGUUUUAGUUGUUGGCUAUAUAGCCUACUUUUGCCUUGAUGUACCAAAGUCCAUUAAUGACAAUAUUUUUUUUCUCUCACUUUUCAGAUAUGCUGCUAGAGCUUUGCACUAAAAUGCGGACUUGCACUUUAACCAUGGGACAUGAAUAAGCGUUAUGAUUGAAUUCAUAAUUUAUUUUUAUAUACACAAUGUCUUAACCUUAUUUUUGACUCUCGUCUCAUGCUUAGAAUCCUUGUCCAUUCGAACUCCAAAGGUUACAAUUUGUUGCCAUUUACUUGUCAUUGCAUCAUAUCUUGCCAUGUAAUUGUUCACUAAUGUUUUACACACCAUGACCUGAAAGGAGACCAAUGUAUAAUAUGUGUAAUCAAUAUGCCAUAUUUUUACAGAAGAGUAUUAAUAUUUUAAUCAAAAUCUUAACACAAAAAAGUUCUUUCAUAUUAUACUGACAGUAUCCUGAAUGAAGCAAUACACAUGACAUUAGUGAUGUGCAAUUUUUUUUUUCUAGUCUUUGUUGACACCCCAAUUGGGAAGCAUUGAAAUAAAGAUUAAUAUUCUUCUCUCAAAUGAGCUUAUAUGCAAAAUCCAUCCCAAAAGUAUUUUGUUCCUGGCAAAGAUUCACUUACUUUAACUUUAAUAUAAAUAUUUUUAAAACACCAAUGGCGUAAUUCUGUCCAUGAGGUAAGCAACAAUUGCUUUUCAAUAAAAUAAUAAGUGCUCAAUCUUGCCAUAAAAGGACUUCCUCUCAGAAAUUCUACAUGUAUAUAAUUGAGUCCCCAUUACAGCUGUACUUAACUGAACACUUCGACACGUGUUAUGAUGUAAAUGGUAUUAUUUAUAGAACAGAGGAAGAAAAUUCUCAUCAAAAUUAGUUAUGGCCAACUCUUGUUUGUUUGCUCUUGCAAGUUGGAUGGUCAUGAAAAAUGUGAAAUUUGUCACUAAUAAUAAUAUGUUGCAAUUCUUUGUCAUCAGUCUUGACAUCUUCCACAGGACAGAUUUCCUCCAUAUAUUCAUUUUGGGUUGUUUUUUUCUUCAGUGUCAGAAAUAAUUUGUUCAGUCAUUGAAAUAUCUUGUUUUGGAAAACUUUCAACUAUAAUGCUAUAAUGGGUAGGAAAUAUAUUAUUAUAUUUUGGGAUUUCCAGUUAUUUCUCUACACAUUUUCCACCCCCAUCAACAAAAUUGAAUAAAGAUCAUAAGAGACGCAUUUUUUUGUAUCUACCUGUCUGGGUGUGUAUUCAUAUUUUUGAUUCUUUUGAACAUGAGGAUGUCGCAAUUUAUAAUUAAUAAAACUGUGAUCUUUUGUUCUUUGAAUCUUCAUGUGAAUGCAAAAAACAUGAUUUUAAGUAAAUCGUAGUAGUACGUCUAGCAUUAAUGAUACUUGGGGUAAAAUAAACAAAAUAAGACUUCCUAUGCUUUCCAAUGUUUGAUAUUUGAAAUUCCGUGGCCCCUAUCUGCUUCUCUUUUAGAGACUGGUUGAUGAAUAUUAGAACAACUUUUUCUGCAUCCUCAAUAUUUAUUACUUUUACUAGUUUUUACAAAAAUAUUUAGCACCUAGGUAUCAAACUGUGUUUUUUUGCUAUUUAAUUUAUGGUUGAAUGUUCCAUAUAUAUGUAUGUUAAAUACUCACAAACAUAAAGCACAAUUGACAUGUUGCAGAGCACAUAGUAUAUGUGUGUCAAAUAGAAUAACCAUGAAUAAAAGGAAUAUCAUUUAUAUUCUAAA